UAAGUUUUACAGCGAGGAGCGAGGCGAGGGUCCAGGCCAACGAACCCAAGCCAGACCGAAACUCUUUCUGUUCAUCGUUCGAUCUGUAAAAAUCACCAUUGCUGUCUCCUCCUGGAGCUCAAGAAAGGAGGAAUUAAAACAGCGGAAGACAGAGGCGAAGAGAGAGAUGAUAACGCGAUCGAAUUUGGCGGACCAAUUAAGAGAGUAUCAGAUUCGAUCCAAGCAUGAUUGGGCCUCUGUCUCCUUCUUCUCUUCCACUUCCAAUUUCACUUCUCCUAGGGUGGACGUAGUGGUGUUUGUAGUAUGGGAACUCGUUAUCAUAGCAUUCUUGGUUUUCUCUGCAGUUUCUUUAUAUUUUAGGCGUAUGCGAGUUGCGUUUAUCUUAGCAUGCAUCACUAUGCUAUUGCUUUUAUGCAUGAAAGUUAUAAAGCAAGUUCGAUUGGCUAGGAAAAAGAAGCGAAGGAUGCUUCUUCCUUUAUCUAUGUAAACUUUACAAGUAGUGGACCUUUUCCUCUACCAACACAACUUUGUUGAGUAGAUUGAUAUAAUUUCUGACUUUUGCAUCGGGCCCCUUUUUCCUUGGUUUAUUUCAAUCUGUAGUUGCAUACUAAAGCAAGUUGAUCAAGGAAUAUGAUUGAGGUGAUCAUUAAAAUACGUGCUGAUUGAAUGGGAGAUUUCUCAUCACUCGGGAUGGAAGAUUGAGAUGUUUUCAUCCACUGCCGUGACAGUCAUCGAAUGUGGGUUGGGUGGAUGCUGGUUUUAAAGGUAUUGUUUCUUGCUACAUGCUUGUAGCAUGGAUCGCGGCCUUAACAGACUCUAGCCAGGCCUGAUUUACGAGACAAAUGCUUGUAAUAUGUCUUGGACACGAUUUUUAUUUUUGUUGGUACACAUCACUAAUGUAAAGGAAUGAGUAGGUGCUGAGA